AGAGGGCCACAGCGAACAAAUUACUGCUAUGGAAAAGUCUGUGGUUGGGGGAAAGAAGAACUUCUGCAGCAGUGAUGGAAAAAGUCCAUGUAAAAAUGAACUGGAGCGUGAUGAAAGCACGAAGCAGGAAGAGGAUGCAGAGGACGAACAUGCAAUAUUAGCAGAGUUUUCCCAUCCUGUUCCCUGGCAGAAAAUAGAGGCAGAAGGACUGGACUGUGAUUAUGCUCAGCUGUUCUCCAAGGAGGAGGCAGACCUGCUUUUUAAACAGCUGGAGGAGGAGGUGGUGUACUCAACAGGGGAGGAAGCAAAGGUACAGGUGUUUGGAAAGGUGUACAACAUUCCGAGAAAGCAGGCAACAUAUGGAGAUGAAGGUCUGACUUACACUUAUUCAGGAGUGACACGUUUAGCCUGCCGGUGGACUCCAACCUUGAAAUACAUUCGGGAUGCUGUCACAAAAACAACUGGACAAACAUUCAACUUUGUUCUGGUAAACAGGUACAAAGACGGCCAGGAUCACAUGGGGGAGCAUCGUGAUGACGAGAAGGAGCUGGACCCCCUCUGUCCUAUUGCCUCCGUCUCCCUAGGAGCAGCACGAGACUUUAUAUUCAGACACAGAGAUACUCGGGGGAAACAGAACCGCAGACGCGUUGAACUCGUGAAGCUGGAGCUUGCUCACGGGAGCCUGCUCCUCAUGAACUCUCCUACCAACACUUUCUGGUACCACAGCCUCCCUGUUCGCAAGAAGAUUUUCCUGCCUCGUAUCAACCUCACCUUUAGACGCAUCCUGCUUGACAGGGAUAAAAAACCCCGGCAAGAAGUAACUGAAUAAAGCGCUCUUAUUUAGCCUGAUAGGUGGGGCUUUACAUUAAACUUCUUGUGUUGCAAUGGAAUACACUUUAAAUGUACAUAGGUCAGCAAGGAGGCACUUAUCCAAGUAACCCCUCUAAUAAUAGAUGAAGAAUGAUGUGCUAUUCCAAAUGAGUUACAUGGAUAAUGGACUCAGUGUUUGAUAAGAAUAUAGAUUGCUAUUGGUCCUAAAAUGUAUUGCUGAUGUAUUGGACGGGGGCCUGCUGUUUGACUAGUCCUUUCUUGUUUAUGGACAGUUCUCUGUUAAUGUCCAAUGGUCUUCAAAGUUUAAAAGGUCAUUAUUAUCAUGACAAGUUAACCUAUUUUCCUUGAACUUUCAGCCAAAUCUCAGUCUUGAUAAGCUUAAAAACUCCAUAAGUGUAAUUUCUUGUGUAUGGGAACACAUUGGCAGUGUAGAUGUUAUUCUCUUUAAUUUAUGGAUUAUCUCUAUAAUAAGGGCUUUUAUUGUUGAAACCCUCCAAUAAGGUGUAAAUGGUUAUAGCACUUUUUGUGGUCUUCUGACUUCACUUUUAUUAUAAGUCACAUUAUAAGUCACAUUCACACCUCAGUCAUCCACUGAUGGCAGAGGCUGCUAUGUGAAGCCAUCACUAUUAGCUAAUCCCAUUCACACAGAUGGCAGUUCAGGGUUAUAUGUUCUUGCCCAAGGGACACUUAAGCAUGUGGACAACGGUCCUGGGAUCAAACUCCUGACCUUCUGAUUGAGAGGGGACCGCUCCACACAAAAAGUAAAUGCUUCUUUGGAACUCUUGAGAAAGUCUUGAUUGUCAGUGUGUCUUCUCGCACAGUUUGUCUCAAGCCAAAAUGAAGUGCAACCGAGUCCACACUUGUUUUAAUGUGUUAAUACCUGAAAACAAUCACCUUUACAGAUUGUACACAAACACACAUAAUCUCACAUGGAUAUUCAUUAGUGCAAAUUGCAAACAUUUACAAGGAGUUUUGCACCAGACCAAAUUUCUCAAAGACACUCACUUGAUUUGGUCGGAGCAAAUGGCAGU